AUGGUUAAAGAACUUGAAAGGAAAGAAAGAGAAAUGGUUUCAUUGGGUGAGAAGAUGAAACAUGCUCGUGGAAAACAAAAGAAGUUGAAGAAAACUAUCACUGAGGACGAACAUGCAUUGAAAGCUGCAAUUGCGACUAGUCGAGACAGUGAAUCAGAAGUCGAAAAGUUACGCGCUGAAUUAGAGGCAAAGGAAGCUUUGAUUGAGAAAGAAGAAGCUGAACUUGAUCAUAUUCGAGAUUCGUUAAAAGAUAAAACUCAAGUCUUUGCUGAUCAAAUCGAAGUUAAACAAGCCGAACUUGCACCAUGGGCAGCACAAGUGACGACUAAGAAAGCUGCACUUGAUUUGGCUACGAGUGAAAGGAAUUUGAUUUUGAAGAAAACGGAAGAUGUGAAAGCUUCACUCGAAGCUGCUCAAGAGACGAUCAAAAAGAUUGAAACUGAGAGUAAAACUAAGACUGAUGAAUUAAAGGUUUUGAAACAAGAACAGAAGGAGUAUUUACAAGGGAUUCGUGAUGCUCAGGAAGAACUUAAAGUUGAGUUUUCUUAUAAGAAGACGAAUUUCAUCAGUGCAAUUCCAUUAAUGAAUGAAGAUACCAAACUACGAAAUCAUUUCAACUCAGCGCGACAAAAAGCAGAUGAAGCCAAAACGGCUAGAUCAAUAAACUCAUCCAAGAGUCAAGUUUUAAACAGUUUAAGUAAAUUAAAACAACAAGGUAGAUUAAGAGGCUUUCAUGGACGAUUAGGAGAUCUAGGUAGGAUAGAUGAAAAGUAUGAUAUAGCCAUCUCAACCGCUUGUCCUCAAUUAGAUAACUUGGUAUGUGAUUCAGUGGAAACCGGUCAAAGUUGUUUAGCUCAUCUUAAACAAACCAAUGCGGGUAGAGCUGUGAUCCUUUGUUUGAAUGCUCUUUCUGCAUCUGAUUCUAAACCGAUUGAAACGCCUGAAGGAGCACCUAGGUUAAUUGAUUUAGUGACACCCAAGGAUGAAAGUUUUCGGGUAGCAUUCUAUCAUGUCUUACGGGAUACGUUAGUAGCUAAUGAUCUUACACAAGCUAAUCGGAUCGCAUUUGGAGGUAAAAAACGAUGGAGAGUCGUCACACUUGAUGGUAAAUUGAUUGAUAGUUCAGGAACGAUGUCGGGAGGAGGAAGCCGAGUUUCGAAAGGAUUGAUGGGAUCUUCAAUCAUAGGUGGUGGUGAAGAUGAAGAAUAUAGUGAAGAAAGAAUAGCUAAGUUUGAAAAGGAUGUAAGGAAAGCUGAAGAGAAAUUAAAUAAUUUUCAAACUUCUAAAAGUUCGAUUGAAGAUGAAUUGAAUAGGCUACAAGGGAUCUUACCACAUGUGGAGAUGAAGAUUACAAAGUUAGAGAUGGAUUUGGGUGGAGGGAUCAAACGACUUGAAGAGGCUAGACGAACUAUUGAAGAUAUUAGGUCACAAGAUAAUUUAGAAGCAAAAGAUGAAAAAGAGAUCAAAAGUUUAGAAAAGAUUAUUGAAAAGAAUCAAAAAGAGAUGGAUUCAUUGAAAACCAAAACCAAAUCGAUUGAAGAAGAGAUCAAAGAAUUACAAGAAAAGAUUUUACAAGUAGGAGGAGUGAAACUAAGAACCCAACAAUCUAAAGUCAAAGAUUUAAAAGAGAUCAUCGAACAUACGUCUAAUCGAUUAACGAAAUCAGAAGUGACGAUUAAUAAAUCGAAACGAGAUUUUGAAAAGUAUACGAAAAGUUUGGAAAAGAAUUCCGAAGAAUUGAAUUUGAUUGAGAUUGGAUUAGAAGAACUUGAGGGAAAGAAUUCGGUGAUGGUUACUGAAACUGAGGCUAUGAGAGAUACAGUCGAUCAGGCUAGGAUUUCAUUAGAAGAACAGAAAGAUAGAUUGGUUGGGAUCCAAAAGAAAAGGAAUGAGAAAUUAAAGUUUAUGAAUGCGUUUGAAAAACAACAAACUGAAUUGAAACAAUUGAAGGAGAAAGCUGAGAUUCAAUUAGCUAAAGAGAAACAUACCUUGGAACAUUGGCGUAAGAAACAAGCCAGCUUGAAAUUGAUUGCAAUUGAUCAUUAUGAUGAUGAUGAUGAUGAAAAGGAAGGAAAAGAAGACGAUGAGGUAUUAAAAGUUUAUGAUGAAAGUGAAUUUGAGAAAUUCGAUGCAGAAAUGACCAAAGCAGAAGUGGCAAAACUAGAAGAGGAUCAAGAAAGAGCACCAGCAGAUUUAGGAGUCCUGGAAGAAUAUGCUAAAAGAGAAGCGGAAUUUAUGGCUAGAGCUAAUGAUUUAGAAAUCACAACCAAUCAAAGAGAUGAAUGUAAACAACUUUUAGAUGAUUUAAAUUCACAAAGAUUAGAAGAAUUUAUGUGGGGAUUUCAAAUUAUUAGUGGGAAAUUAAAAGAAAUGUAUCAGAUGAUUACUUUAGGUGGGAAUGCUGAAUUAGAAUUAGUCGAUAGUUUGGAUCCGUUUAGUGAAGGUAUCAUUUUUAGUGUGAUGCCACCUAAGAAAUCAUGGAAGAAUAUCUCAAAUUUAAGUGGUGGAGAAAAGACUUUGAGUUCUUUAGCACUUGUGUUUGCUCUGCAUGCUUUCAAACCUACUCCUUUAUAUUUUAUGGAUGAAAUUGAUGCAGCUUUGGAUUUUAGGAAUGUAUCGAUUAUUGGAAAUUAUAUUAAAGAUCGAACGAAAAAUGCUCAAUUCAUUAUAAUUUCUUUAAGGAAUAAUAUGUUUGAAUUAUCUAGAAGAUUAGUAGGAAUUUAUAAAACUAAGAAUUGUACUAAAAGUAUUGCGGUUGAUAAUUCUGAACUUUUGAUUGAAGAGAAAUCAAACUUGGUUGAACAGUCUGUGUAA